AUGGGGGCCCUCAAAUCAACUACUCUUAAAAGGCAUUUGGGUAAGAAAAUGAAGCAAAAUCGUCCAUUGCCGCACUGGUUCCGUCUCAAGACAGACAACAAGAUUCGGUACAAUGCUAAAAGGAGGUACUGGAGACGCACCAAACUUAAGGUGUGA